AUGAGUCCUAUUCCUCUCUUCUGGCUCUUCCUCAUCUGUCCAGCCACCACCGGCAAUGUAAUCCACUGCCAAACUCAGAAACCAGCACGCUACACUCUCCAUUUCCUGGCAGAGUGGAACAGCUUUUCUUUUCCAAAGCAAUAUCCAAUGUACAGACCUCCAGCCCAGUGGUCAAUGCUUUUCGGUUGUGUCCAUAACUAUGACUUCACUCUGUGGGCCGAAGGGGCCAUGGCAUCCUCUGGCAUUAAGAUGUUUGCAGAGGAUGGAAAGCAUGGUCUUCUGCUGGAAGAAGUGAACGCUACACAGGGGUCUGUGCAGAGCUGCUUUCACAGUAAUCCUAUCACAGCAGGAGAAGGGAAUUCCACCACUGCGUUCACUAUCACUCCCUCACACCCUCUUGUGUCAUUUCUGGUGCGUAUAAUUCCCAGUCCAGAUUGGUUCCUUGGAGCUAACAGCAUCAACUUAUGUGAGAAUAAUGACUGGAAGGACUCCUACAACUUGGAUCUAUUUCCUUGGGAUGCUGGGACAGACAGCGGAUUUACAUUUUCAUCACCAAACUUUGCAACCAUCCCUCAGGAGACUAUAUCACAAAUAACGGCAAAGCAUCCAUCCCACCCUGCCAAUUCUUUCUAUUAUCCACGUCUGGAAACAUUGCCCAGAAUGGGCUACUCAGAGUUCACUCUGCUCCCUGCAGUAUUACCCAAUCAGGCACCAGACAAAGAACCUGAACCAACAGAAUCAACCCCGGGGCCAACCCAAAAUGGGACAGAACUUUCACAAAUCAACAGCACGUACACAGGGAAUGGAACGAAAAUGGAAGUUGAACUCUUCAAGGCUGAUGAUGUCUUCAAUGACGUAUUUGAAAAGCCAUUGGGAAAGGAACCUGGAAACUCCCAGGAAAAGAAAUUAACUAGGACACCUCUGGACUGCGAAGUCUCUGCCUGGUCUCCCUGGGGUCUGUGCAGCCAUAGCUGUGGGAUUGGCAUCCGAGAAAGGACACGGUUCAUAAUACAGCACCCUGCCAAUGAUGGGGAGACCUGUCCAAGCUUGCUGACCCAGGAAGAAUGCAAGGAAUCUCCUUGUCAGACUCAAGUGGCAGAUAGCAACAUCACUGUUUCAGAGCCAGCAGAAGGAACUGCAAUGUCAUACUUAGAGACAAACCUGAAUGAAAGCGCGGGCUCCAACUCACUGGAAGAACCCCAGUCACCACACAAUGAAACAGACAAUAUCAUAGCAUCGUCUCAUCCUGUUGAUUGGCAAGUUGAAGAAAGUGAACAGUUUCUGAAAAUCAUAAAUGAAAGCAGGUGGAUCUCCAAGGCUGGAGCUCCAUUCAAUGAGAGUAUGCUAGCAUUGCAAAAUGCUUCCAGUGACCAGCCUUUCAACUCAAUUACAACAUCAGAAGAGGGUGGAUAA